AAAAACACAAUUUAGAGAUAUAAAAAAAAAACAAAGCAGAGGAACAGAACAGAACAUAAGCUCCGACCGAGAAAAGAAUCCCUCUCUCUCCGACGACAAACCAGACCUGCGACCCUUGAGAUAGAAAGAAAAAAUGGGUUUCUUCUCUUUUCUCGGAAGAGUUCUCUUCGCUUCUCUCUUCAUCCUCUCCGCUUGGCAAAUGUUCAAUGACUUUGGAGCUGACGGUGGUCCAGCAGCUAAAGAGUUGGCUCCCAAGCUUGGUCUGGCCAAAUCACACCUCUCUUCCAGAUUAGGAGUAGCAUUUCCCGACAUAGAGGUGAAGCAAGUCGUAUCGGUAAUUGUUGCUCUGAAAGGGCUAGGAGGCUUACUCUUUGUUGUUGGCAAUAUCUUUGGUGCCUAUCUUCUGGCUUUCUACUUGGUGGUUGUUAGUCCCAUCUUAUAUGAUUUCUACAACUAUGGACCCGAGGACCGCCAAUUCUCUCUUCUGUUGACUGAGUUCUUGCAGAGUGUUACGCUUCUCGGGGCAUUGCUAUUUUUCAUCGGAAUGAAGAAUUCGAGGACGACGACCUCCUCAAAGAGCAGCAACCUGAAGAAGAGGACACCCAAGCCUAAAGCUGCUUAGAGUUGGUCUAUUCUUUUCUUCCACAAACGUGUUUCAGGCUUUAGAACAGCUUCUCAUGUCUUCAAGCUCUACCUUCUUUUGUCUUCCCUGCAACUUUUUCUACUGUAGGAUACUACACUUGGCCACAAUUCUAUUUUUUUUCUUCUAGUU